AAACGAUCUGACAACCAAACGGAUAGUCUUCACCCGUUCUGACAAAUCUAUUCCGCGCAGCACACGUUCAUCCUGAUCGCUUCUAUAUCGCUGUGUGUGUACUUCCUGUCUGUCACAGCGACUUCCGGAGAUGGAUUGGCUUUUGUUGUGCAGCGACUGAAAGGGCGUGCGUUCGUGCACGAGCACUUCAAACCGCACUCGUGAAGAAAAAAGGGAGUGUCGGCGCAUAAAGCAACGCCAACCAUCCACAAAGAUUCAUACCUGAAGGUUGCAUCAGAGGUUGCUUUGGACAAAAGGUUGCAAAUCCACACUCAGAAUGAGUUGCAUGGAGCAAGGUGACGCUGGGAAGUUUCUCGAGAGGUUUCUGGAGGAGUUUCUAAACCCGCUUGGCACAGAGGAUCCGCUUCCCGUCACUCCACUUAGCCGCAAAGUCACCAUGCAGGAGGUGAAGGGAGAGAGUCUGGAUCUGGGCCUGCGACUGCUCUCAGCCAGAAAUGCCCCGUCCUGGCUGGGUGCAGCGAUGUGCAGUGCUGCUGUCACGGAAUUGCUUAAAGAUGACCUUUCACCUCACUACUGCCCUAAAGAUCCUGAACAGCAACCAGAGGAUGAACAGGAAGUUGUUUUGUUGCAGUCUGAGCCAUUGCAGCGCCUCUUUAUUAAUAAAUUGAGAGAGGUGUGUUUGGCCUGGCAGAAACAGCUGCCCAGUCCCGGGUCGUCCUCAUCACAGACUCACAGCUGCUCCGUUCACGCCAUUCGAAACACUCGCAGGAAGAUGGAGGACCGUCACAUCAUCCUGAGAGAGUUUAACCAGCUUCUGGGACUGCAGGAUGGUGUAGAUCGAGAGUAUUACGCUGUGUUUGAUGGACAUGGAGGGGUGGACGCUGCCACAUAUGCUGCCACCCACCUGCAUAUCAUACUGAGCCAGCAGGAGGAGCUAAAAAGCGAUGCUGCCACAGCCUUCAAAAGCACCUUCACACAAACAGAUGACAUGUUCAAAAUCAAAGCUAAGAGAGAGCGUCUGCGCAGCGGCAGCACUGGUGUGGCGGUCUUACUGACCUCUGAUCUCCUGACCGUCUCCUGGCUGGGAGACUCUCAAGCUGUGCUGGUUCGAGAGAGAGAACCAGUGACCCUAAUGGACCCACACAAACCUGAGAGAGAGGAUGAGAAGAAAAGAAUCGAGGAUCUGGGUGGAUGCAUUGCUUUCAUGGGUUGCUGGCGAGUAAAUGGGACCUAUGCCGUUUCCAGAGCAAUAGGUGAUUUUGAUCAGAAGCCGUACGUCUCUAACGAAGCUGAUUGCUCCUCAAUCCAGCUGAACGGUCGUGAAGAUUACAUUCUGCUUGCUUGUGACGGCUUCUUUGACGUGGUGCGGCCUGGGGACGUCCCGGACCUGGUCCUGGAGGCUCUGAGGGAGACCGGAGGCUCGGGGGACGAUGUGGCCCAGACCCUGGUGGCCCAUGCUAAAGCUGCUGGAUCCAGUGAUAACAUCACGGUUCUCUUGGUGUUCCUCAAGGAUCCGCAGCAGCUUCUGACCUACGAGACGAGUUCCAGAGCAGAGCCUAGAGGAGCGACCGCUGCAGCCACAGGGAUCUGAAAGGGGUUAAAAGGAAGAAAUUGUCCAUGAUAGAAGCAAAUAAGAGGACCAAUAGCAACUGAUAGUCUUUUCACCAUCUGGAAUGAAGUUUUUAAAAAGUUGUUGCUUUUGAAAAGAAUAUGCGAUUGUUGAGGUCAUCGGAAACGAGUCGAGUCAUGUAUUCAGAAGAAAGCAUCGAACGCAGGUGAAAGGCAUUUCCUCGUUUUUUUUUUUCUUUUCUAAGAAUGUCUGAUCUCUGGUCAUUUAUUAACUCUCUUUGUUGCUACAUUUGAACUUGCCUUCAUUUUUAAACAACAUGUUUCCAACUAUUUGCCUUGUUUUUACCAGCUUAUAUUUACAUUAUUUACUGGUGCUUAAAGAAAUAGUUCACCUAAAAAUAACAAUUCUGUCAUCAAUUAGUCAUUCCAAACCUGUAUUACGUUCAGCAGAAAACAAGAGAUGCAUACAGGUUUGAAACAACAUGGGGGUGAUGAAUUAAUGACAGGAUGUACAUUUUUGGAUGGACUAUCUCUUUAAUAUCUCAGAAACAUUCUAAUACCUUAUAGACAUGCUUAAAGCAAAUGCGAUUCUUUUUUUUCCGAGUGUAUUUUGUUGGUUGCGCUCCCUAUUUGAUACGACUGUUACAGUGGAGAGAAAACCGAUGUGAAUAGUCUUAACACAUACAGUAUUGCGUCGCAUUUCAGACCACACUGGCUUCGAUAAUGAAAUAACUGACCAUAAGGCCUUCAGCUCUGUCAGCAGUUGUACUAAUCCAGUGUUGUAGGUGGUUAGUAUUUUUAAGACUGUUAUUUAUUUGACAAAAAAGUAUUUAUGGCUGUACUGUACUGUGUAAACACGCUCUUUCAUGUGCCAAAACUGUAUUUACGAGUCUGACUUUGCCAAGAUCGCCUCUCUGUUGCUGCAGCUUUUCACAAAGCAGUUUUUCGAAAUGUACAGUAAACAUUUAUUUAUGCAUAUUUCAUAUUCGUUUUGUUACAGUGCCUUUUCCCCCCAAAUAUCAGUGUUAAUACUGGCGUGUGCGUGUUGGUGUUAUAUUAUCAUAGCCAGACUUUGCAAACCGCACGUCCUGCAUGCUGCAAGUCAUCUCACGUUACGGCCGCUCAAUAUUUUGAAAGCCUCGUGACGAGUAGCUGAUAUAGUAGCACAGUCACUAUAAUGUGAUAAGACCGAGAAUAUCGCCAACCUAAUGGAUACCGAAUGAGGAAGGUGAAGACCGAGGAUGAGAUGUUGAUUUGGUGUUUUUAUAUGGGGAAAAUGUCUCAUUUGGUUCAGUCUAAUGCAUUCUGUAUUUGAAUAAAAGAGUGCAAAUGUCCAGAUUUCUAUCUUUGAAUGUAUGUAAUUGAGUAUAUUUAAAGUUUUCCACAAACUACAGUGGCAUCUUAAAGUCUGAGGGUAUUGAACAUCUGGGAAUUAAAUUCAUUUGGAGUUGGAAAGAUUUUUACAUUUUUUAAAAACAAGUCUCUUAUGCUCACUACAGCUGCAUUUAUUUGAUCAAAAUACAGUAAAAACUGUUCUAUUGUUAACUAUUACAAUUUUAAAGUAUUUUAAAAUGUAAUUUAGUUUAAUUUUCAGCAUCAUUACUCCAGUCUUCAGUGUCAUAUGAUCCUUCAGAAAUCACUCUUAAUAUGCUGAUUUGCUACUCGAAAAAUUUCUUAUUAUAAUCCAUGUUGAAUUUGAUAAAGAUCUAAGUCUUUUCUAUCAGUCGUCAGAAAGCAUUAUAAAAUACUGAUCUGGUGGUCAUGAAAAGUCAAAAUUGAAAACAUUGUAAGUGUCUUUAAAGCCACUGUUGAUUAAUCUAAUACAUCACUGCUGAAUACAAAUAUUAAUCAUUUACCAAAAAAAAAAAGAAAUCUUACUGAGCCCAAAUAUAUAUAUAUAUAUAUAUAUAUAUAUAUAUAUAUAUAUAUAUAUAUAAUAUAAUAAUAAUAUAAUAUAAUAUAUAUAUAUUUUUUAUAAAACAAAGACACAUUAUGAUGUAAAAGCAUUUUCACUAGUGCUCUCAGACUUUCGGAUCCCACUGUAUAUAAUAAAUAUGGUGUUAUUUCCCCUAGAUUGACAAAUGUUGCAUAUUGCUCAUCCAUUUUAGAUAUGGGAUAUUCUGCUUUACGUCAUUUUUGUAAUGGCCAAUGACUCUAAAAGCCAAAAGUCUAUGCACAUCAUCAGCGAUGAUCUCAUAUAAUUCAUCAGGAAAUGGGAUGUGCCAAUGAUGGGAAUUUUGUGACAUCACAGUUAUUAAUUAUAGUCUUACCCCAUUUUAAAUGCGCAAUGUCUAUUUUUUUUUCUCAUAAUGUGAACGCUGUUAUCAUUUACUCACCUUCAUGUUACUCAACCAGUAUGACUUUCUUCUGUGAAACACAAUGUUUUUUGGACCCUACUGACUUUCAUAGUGUGGAAAAAAAAAAUCUUCAGAAUAUCUAGCAGUAAUUGAUGACAGAAUUUUAAUUUCUAAUUUAAUUUUUGGGUGAACUGUUCCUUUACGUUCACAUUAGUGCCAAAUGACAUUGUUCAUUCAGAAUGUCUUUUUGUACUUCGUAUUAAAAGUUGGUUUUUCAAAGGGUUUGAGCACUGAACUACUAAUGUGUUUUUGUCCAGUAGAAAGGAAAGAUCAUGAACGUAUGCAUCACUAGAUUUUAUGCUGGUGUGCAUUUUUAUACACUUUUCGCCUGCAGUAUUUUUAUUUAUUUUUUCCACAGGACAUUUUGUAAUCGUUGCUGUUUGUACUAAAAAGUGAACAUAAAUCAUGGGAACACAUGGGUGUAACAGCUCUCAAUAGUACAUGAUAAAGUGCCUUAUCUUUAUGUACUUUUCAGAAUCAUCUUUGUACAGGCAACUUAACUGAUGAACCUAAGUGAGCUGACUUUUUUCAGACCUAAUUUUGCAUAUCAUUUACCUCUACUGCUGAUCUUGUGCGCAAGUAAGGCUUUAUACUGGAUCAUAUAAUACAAAUACCACACUGAGUGUACAAUACUACAGUGAAUCUUCUACCUAAAUGUUCUUGAAUGUUGUAAUGUUUGUCAACGUCUGAUAAACCGCUAAAUGUGAUUGCUGUCCUGUGGUAUUUUCCUGCUAUUUUAGAAAGCGUUUUUUUAAUGCAGCUUUUUGUGUAUUUAUAACCAGUGACACAAGCAUUGGGCUUUAAUCUGAUAUAAUGUGAAUAAAGUACUUUUCACAUCA